AUUCAUGGCAGUACGGUCAAGAGAGAUUCUUUGACCAUAAGCUAAGCCGCAUUUACCCGAACAGCGCUAUGUGUUAUAACAGAGAAUUCUCACUUUACACUUCCCUGGUUUUAACAUUAAAGAAAGUGUAGUGUGCGCACAGGAAGAAAUGAUUCUGGAUCGAGUUUGAAAAUGGCCAAAACCAACUGUGCUGCCGAGUCCUGGGGAUAUUUGAUUGUUCUUAGCAAGUUCGUGAUCCUUUUUGUUGAGACUGGAAUAGCGAAAUCAUUCGGUGUUCUGAUUCCUUCCAUGGUGGACCGUCUGGAGAGUAACUAUGCGACGGUCGGAUUGAUAUGUAGCUUGCCUCCUACGUUUAUGUAUCUCCUUAGCCUUUUGGUAACAUUCAUCCUUCAAAGAGUCAAUCAUCGCUUUGUCGCUAUGUCAGGAGGUCUAAUGUGUGGGUUGAGUUUGAUUACCUGUGCUUUCUUUAAAACCACUGUUACUGUUGGUGUCUGCCUCGCUCUCUCAGGUGUUGGAUUGGCAAUGGCCAACAUGCCCUCCGUCCUCGCUGUGAACGAUUAUUUUAGAGAAGAUUUUGUCUUCUGGAGUACAGUUGCGAGUUACGGCUACGCAGCUGGGUCCAUGCUGCUUCCUAUUGUUAUUGAAAGGUCACUCCAAGCCUAUGGUUAUGAGGGGGCAUUCCUAAUUCUAGGCGGUAUUGCCCUUCACCUUGUCGUGUGUGGAGCAACCAUUCGAGGGAGAGCAAGUAAUGGUGAUACUAAUGCCAAUGAAGGCAACAACAGUCGUGAUGAAGUGAAGAAGAGACGCGUAAAUGGUUAUCAGGAAAGGCUGUCAUCAGAAGGUACGGAUGUGGUUCGUCAACGGAAUCAGGAGUGCGAAAAGGAAGUCUUAAAGUGGACGAGGAUGGAGGAGGAGGAGGAAGGGGAACAGGAAGAUGAUAUAUGUGAAGAAACUUUCCUCGACAAAAGACGUUUGAUUCACAAGGAGACACAAAGAAAUCGUGAAAACGCAAAAUUAAGUGACUCUCCGGGUGUGACUUGUGGACUGCUCAAGGAACGAAUCUUUCUCAUUUCUAUCCCGAUUCCUUUCUUGUUAUGUUACGUGAUAUAUGCGUGGAUGCUGUUUUUGGUUCCACAUGCUGAACAUCUAGGCAUCUCUCCUUCCACCGCCAUCUACCUCUCCACGAUAGGCGGGAUAGCUGGCAUUCUAGGUAGGACUAUCUUUAUCACCCUCAUCCGCAAAGGCUUCAGUGACCUCAACGUUUACAUCGUCGUCGGUUUAAUCUGCACGGGGUCUUUCUUGUUGGAUUUCGUCGGUUCUGCUUAUCCGGUCCGGGCCAUCCUGGCAUUUUUCCAAGGGUUCUGUUUCUUCAUCGAGGAAUCUGUGUAUAGCAGCUUAUCCAAGGUCGCGAUAUUCGACGAAAAUAAUUUCGCCAUGGCCUUGGCGACUUUGAACGUCGUCGGUGGACUUGGAGUAUCCAGUGCAGGAUUAUUUACAGGGUACAUAUAUGACGUCACUCAGUCAUUUACGACAGUCUUCAUCAUCAUGGGUGUCAUCCACGGCGUUGCUGUCAUCAAUCUCCUCAUCGUGGUUAUUUUAAUCAAAAGGCGGCGAUGAUUUGAUUUUAAUUUAUUUUUUACACUUUUUUUUCAUUUAUAAUUCAUAAUAAUAGAUACAUGAGAUACAAUAUAAAGCUGAAAGGGUGAACCUGUCUAGAAACAUAUUAAAGUAUUCAAUGACUAAUUAUAAUAAGUUAUAAAAUAAGUUUUUCCAAACAUAAAAGUUUUGAUGUCUUGAUUAUUCAUAUAUUCAUUUGAAUUGGGUUUUUCAGUACAUCCACAAAAACAACAAUGCGUCCAUUAGCGACUGGUAUUUCACAGUUGGCCAAGAACAUUAAUAUAACUAAUACAAUAAACAAAUUGAAUUAAAUUGAAUUGAAUUGAAUUUAAUUGAAUUUAAUUCCAUAACAACAUGCUAAUGCGUUCAUGGCAAAGAUGCAACAAAUACCUUCAUAAAGUGUUCAUUGUGUGCUAUUUUAGUCACCUGGUCUCAUGCAAUUUUGCAUCCUGCUAUGUAAGGCAUGUUUACAUAAUAUCUUAAUUUGAAAUCUGCCUAUCAUAAUUAAAGAAAUGAAAGGUCAUUUUACCAAAAUUGCCCAUGAGGUAACUCCGAACUGGUCUAUUCUGGAACUCUCUACCUUCCCAAGUACAAGUAGCAAUCUCAAUAGCCAAUUUCAAGAAAUCUAUCAAGACCUAUCUAUUUUCAAUGUUGUAAUAUUGAUGUCGUAGUUUAAUAAUGUAGUGUAGUUUAAUUAAAUAGCAUGAUACCUUGUAAUGAUAAGUAUACUAAAUGUUAGCAUAUAAUGCAAAAUAACUGUAAUUUAAUAAUUCUUCUCAUUAAUAAUCUAAAGCGCUUAGAGAUUUCGAUAUUAAGCAUUAUUUACAAUUAUGUUAUUAUUAUUAUUAUUAUUAUCAUCAUUCACCAUUGUUAUUACUAUUAUCAUGGGUGUCGAUCACGGGGGGGGGGGGGGAUGGGGGGAUAUAUCCCCCCCAAUAUUUCAAGUGGGGGGGAUGGCCUGUAUUAUCAUCCCCCCCAAUAAUUCAGGGUAGAAAAAUUGUAAUAAUGAUGAUGAAAAAAUGAAAAGUUUGAUAAUGAUGAUUAUAGUGAUGAUUAUAGUAUGCCAUCAAUCAGUUUGUUUCCCUUGCAAUUUGUGUAUAUUGUUAUUAAAUAAAAACAUUCUUUUCCAGGGCUUUUAAACAGAUGGGUGGAGGUUCAAGAUGAAAAAGAAUUAAAUGUUUAUCUACCGGUAUAUGAUAUUUUUUAAACACAUGAUAUAAAAGGACCCCGAUGAAAAAAAACUUUUGUUGAUAGGGUGUUCCAUCCCACCAGUGGUGAAUAAAUUAAUUUAAAGAAAUCAAUUAAUUCAAAAGGGUGGAAAAAUACACGGGUGGAAAAGGGUGGCAAGAUAAACAGGGAAACCUCCAUGGAUGUAAAUCCUAGAGGGGUAGAUCUUGAAAAAGUAGAAACAACUUUUCUCAGAUUUACCCCUCCCCACAUCCAAGUGCAUGAUGUUUGUUCCAUUUAAUCUACAACCCUUUUGAAUAUUAAACAUUUUAUCAUGUGACCCCAUCAGAUACCUCUCAUGAAAUUAUUGAGGUUCAGUAAGCUCAAUAUAAUAUGAUCAUAUUUUUACAAUUUUUUGAUAAGUGAAAUCAAUUAAUGGUUUCAGAAAGAAUAAUCAUUCAUUUCUCUGUAAAGCGUAUCUUCGGAUAUGAACAUCGGAGGGUUUUUUUCCAUGUUAUUCUUGUUAUUGUUAUGGACUUGCAUAACUAAACUUGGUUGAUUUUUUCUUAUUUUGGCAAAAAGAUAUUUUUUUUUAGUUUGGAAAGGGAUGACAGUUUUGCAUUCUAUAUGAGCACACUCAUGCGGUAUAUUAAUUUAAUUUUAACACAUUAUAUUAGCUGAUAUUACACACUGAUGAUUCAAGAAGAUGUUGGAGAAAUAUCAUAACAUGACAGUUGAGUUUUGAUUGUUUUUAUGUUUGUUUUGUUUCAUGCACUUAUAAAAUAUUUAAAACGUGUUAAAAUCCAGGGUUAAAAUCGUCUGACGGUAAGCCCGAUGGCGCACGAGAAGCCACACAGUUUGUAAUUUGUGCUAGUCUUAAUUUGUCCGAAUCUGCAUUUUAUCAUCAUGCAUUAAGAAGACAAAAGAUAUUGCCAGUCGGGUUAGAUUUAAGAGAGAAGUUGUAUACAUCAUGCUCAAUAAACUGAUCACUUUGUA